AUGGCACCUGGGCAGGGAGGCAAGAGAAAGCGCAGUGAAAGAACUUGGUCAAGUGACUCUCCCAAUAACGAAGGCCCGCGUCCCUCACCUCAUCGACCCGGUGCGCUCAACAUGGCAGGACAGAAUCAGUCGAGUCCAUUCCGGGACCAGCAAGACGGGCGCGACCGGUCUCGACGACAAUCUAACCGUGGACCUGGUGGUCGAAACAAUUCCCACCGCCAGUCCUACGACAGUCAGAAUUUUUCGAAUUCGCAACAGAGGGAGCCCAGCGCAAUGUCUCCUCCCCCGCCAGCUCAACCCAAGGAUACCUUAGAGACUCCACAGGCCAAUGGCGAGCCUACAGGCUCUCAGCACACGCCAUCGCCUGCUCCCAAUACCCCCAUUUUGCAGUCACAACCACGACCUACAUCCCGAUCGGGCUCCGAGGCCACCGUCAGCCGCCCCACCGGCCCGCCUCCUCCCUACGAUUACGAGUACGUCACAGAUAGCGCUGUCCAAGAGUGGUCUUCAGGAGGGAAGCAAAAAGUGGUGGACGAAGGAAUCGCGGCGCGAACGCAGCAGGAUUUGUCGACCCUAGCAUCGAUCUACCAGGAGCUUAUCCGAUCUGCGAUUUACGGCCGCCUCUCCCCGUUGGAAGCCGGUUCCACAGUCAGGACUAUCAUCGGAGAGAAAGCUGCAUCGCAGGAUGUGGACAUGGAAGCCGAGGGCUACGAAUCGUCUCAGUUUGACUCGAGCUCUCUAUUCCUCGACACACUUUCUAUCGUUACAGAUGCCGACACCUCUAACCCUGCCCUCAAGCCUCUCGUUUUCGCGACCUCAAUAUCUCCAGAUCUCAUGCGCCUUCAGCUUGAAACACCACUGUUGCAGUCCUUGGGAUUGGUUCGCGAGACCUUUGCGCGCAUGGGUAUUCGCAAGCAGACCAACUUGCUUUACCGACAGUCGAACUACAACCUCCUGCGUGAAGAGUCUGAGGGUUAUUCGAAGCUUCUCACUGAGCUUUUUACAACAAGCGAAAAUGAGCCCCCAUCCAGCGAAGUGGUUGAAGAUACCUUCGAAAGGGUGAAGGCUAUGAUCGGAGCCUUUGAUAUGGAUGUCGGUCGAGUUCUGGAUGUGACUUUGGAUGUCUUUGCUGCCGUUCUUGUCAAACAGUACCGCUUCUUUGUCAAGUUGCUCCGCGCCAGUUCCUGGUGGCCAAAAGAGGACCCACUUUACUCAGUGGAAGGAAGCCAACGUGCCUCGGGACUACCGACUUGGGCUCUCCCCGGAUCGUCUGGGUGGGUCACCACUGAAGAAGAGCGGAUUGAAACCUUGCGAGCGAACGAGCAGCGUGAUCGAGCCUUUUGGGAUCGCGUGCGCCAGGUCGGAAUCCAAGCUUUCUUUGAGCUUGGUCGCAAGCCGCUUACUGAGGAGGAGAAAGAGACGAUACUUCUGGACGUCAACUGCCUCCCUGAAGAGGAAGAAGCAACAAAGGCCUGGAUCCAGGAGACGGGAACACUACCGCCGAAGGGUAAUCGAGUCGCUGCCUCCCUUCUUGGAUUUAAGCUGCGAUUCUACUCUUCUACAGCUCGGACGAAGCUCGAUGUCUUGCCUAACAAUCUCAUCUUUCUGGCUGCGCUGCUGAUCAAAGUAGGAUUCAUCUCGCUUCGCGAUCUAUAUGCUCAUCUCUGGAGACCCGAUGAAUCUAUGGGUGCCCUACAGACAGAGAAAAUGGCGGAGAAGGCGGAGCGGGAGAAAGCCGCACGACCUGGAGGUGGAGUCAAUGCUCUCAUGAUGGCUGGCGCUUUAUCAGACGACACACUUCCCCCACCCCGUAUUCGUGACUCGGAAACGCGAGUGGCCACCCCGUCUAAGGAUCAAGACGACAAGCAAUCCACCAAAACUGAAACCGACCUUCCAGAGCCAUCGGACCAAAAAAUAUUACUCUUGAAGAGUCUUUUGGCCAUUGGCGCCAUUCCCGAGGCCCUAUUCAUCAUGAGCAAAUUUCCAUGGCUGAUGGACGGCUUCACCGAACUUCCAAAAUUCAUCCAUCGCAUUCUCCACCAUAGCAUCAGCAAGGUCUACGCUCCUCUUCGUCCUAUGAAAACUUCGGACGAUUUCCCUGGAUCACAACAGAUUUUGAGCACCGACCAGUCCGGUGUUGCCAAGGGCAACCUUCGACUUGUGAAACCUCCACCACGACGAACUCUCCGAUGGGCUCAGUUAGAUGAGGCAGAUACCGCCGAUGGCACCGACUACCGCUUUUACUGGGAUGACUGGGCAGAUAAUAUUCCAAUCUGUCAAUCAGUUGACGACGUGUUUGCUCUUUGUUCCUCAUUCCUUAAUAUAUCCGGCCACAAGAUUGGACAAGAUACAGCCUUGUUGGCGAAGUUCGCUCGCAUCGGUAGACACAGUCUGAAAACUGAUAGCUCAGAAGAGAACAAAACUCGCUGGCGAGACCUGUGCAAGCGCCUCCUGCUGCCUUCUGUCAGUUUGACCAAGCAGAACCCUGGCGUCGUGAACGAGGUGUUUGAUCUCAUCAGUCUCUUCCCCCGCGAUGUUCGGUACAAUAUGUACGCCGAGUGGUAUUCAGGCCAGACGUCCAGACUGCCUGAUAUCAAAUCUGCCUUUGAUCAAGCAAGGGCUGAGACCAAGGACGUUCUCAAACGAUUGAGCAAAACUAACGUCAAGCCUAUGGCCCGUGCACUUGCCAAGAUCGCCUAUGCCAACCCGGGCAUUGUCAUUAAUGUGGCCAUUAGCCAGAUUGAGUCCUAUGAGAACCUUAUUGAGGUUGUGGUCGAGUGCGCUCGUUAUUUCACCAAUCUGGGCUACGACAUCCUGACCUGGUCACUGAUCAACUCUCUUGGUCAAAAGGGAAGAAGUCGUGUUCAAGAUGGUGGUUUGCUCACGAGCCGCUGGCUGAAUGCCCUGGCUACCUUUGCUGGCCGAACCUAUAAGCGAUAUUCAGUAAUGGAACCGAGCCCGCUUCUUCAGUAUGUCGUGGAGCAGCUGCGCCAAAACAACUCCACGGACCUCAUUGUUCUGGAACAGUUGAUCAGUUCGAUGGCUGGUAUCAUCUCCGACACCAACUUCAAUGACAACCAAAUCCAAGCUAUGGCAGGUGGUGAACUACUCCAAUCGCAGACAAUUCUGCAGCUGCUCGAUAAGCGGCACGAAUCGAAGACUACCUCCAAGCGUCUGAUUCAUUCAUUGACCCAUACCCGCCUUGCCGGCCAACUCUUGGUCGCAAUCGCCCAGGAACGUCUCACAUGUGUAUACAAAGAAACAUCAUCCGAGCUCAAGUUACUUGGAAAUAUUUUCGACGAGAUCCAUCGUAUCCUUACACAGUACCUGGAUCUUCUGCGCAGCAACUUGUCGAUAGAUGAGUUUGACUCGUUUGUUCCCGACCUCGCCUCGCUUGUCAAAGAGUUCGGCAUUCAACCCGAAAUUGCCUUUUGGAUUCGACGGGUCAGUGUCUCCAAGAAGAUUGCUGAUUUCGAACACUCGAAACAGGAGGCGGAGCCUUCCAUUAAAGAUUCUACUGAAGACGUGAAGAUGGACAAUGUCGAUGACGGAGAGGCGGCAGCUACAUCAGAUGAAGCUUCUGCGGAAUCUGGCAUGGAUGUUGACAAAGAUACGUCUCUCUCGGUUGCCCCGGGCCCGUUGUCUGCAAACCCUGUGAUGCAAGAUUUGAUCGAAAAUGUCAAGUCUGUCAUGCCUGCCGAGACAUGGGAAAUUGUGGGACCGCAUUUCUACGCAACUUUCUGGCAACUUUCUCUCUACGACGUCCAUAUCCCUGGAAGAUCUUACGAGGAUGAGAUUGAUCGACUGAAGCGCCGAGUGGUGAUGAUCAACAAUGAUCGCUCUGAUAUCAGCAUGGCUGGCACAAGGCGAAAGGAGCAAGAAAAGAAGCAGAUCACCCAACUUCAAGAUCGGAUACUUGACGAGAACAAGAAACAUCUGAAGGCGUAUGAUCAGACUAGGAGAAGACUGCAGAAAGAGAAAGACCGCUGGUUCGCUGGUAUGCGUUUGAAGCAUGAUGCACUGAACGUCGCUCUUCUAGAGCAAUGCUUUAUUCCCCGCUUGCUCCUGUCGCCACUUGACGCCUUCUUCUCUUUCAAAAUGCUGAAGUUCCUUCACGGCUCUGGGACUCCCAAUUUCCGAACUGUCGGUCUGAUUGACCAGCUUUUCCGUGAACAACGUUUGACAGCGCUCAUCUUCCUCUGUACUUCAAAUGAGGCCGACAACCUGGGACGAUUCCUGAACGAGAUACUGCGUGAUCUGGGUCGUUGGCACGCCGACAAGGCUGUAUACGAGAAGGAGGCAUUCGGUGCCAAGCGGGACCUUCCUGGCUUUGCCAAAAACGUGGAUCCCGAAGGCGUUCCCACAAUGUUCUUGGAGUUUGAGGACUUCCGACGUUUGUUGUACAAGUGGCAUCGUCUGUUUUCCAACGCGCUAAAGACUUGUCUCAAUGGAGGGGAAUACAUGCACAUUCGCAAUGCGAUUAGCGUUCUCAAGGCUGUUGUCCUCCAUUUCCCGGCUGUCAACUGGAUUGGCCGCGACAUGUUGAAUUGCGUGAACACCCUGAGCAAGAACGACGAAAGAGAUGAUGUCAAGAUCCCUGCCGCCUCACUGAUUGGUGAUCUCAAUCGACGGGAGAAGAAGUGGAUGCUCCCACAGGAAUUUAACCUUGUGAAGACCCAGCCGGGUGAUCCUGGACAACCGAAGUCUGGUUCUCAGCCGCCUGGAGGCCCGUCACAAUCCUCUACCCCAACUCAUCUGAAUGCCUCGGCUCCUGAAUUCCAGCCAAUGGCCCAAGAUUCAACUGAUCUAAAGCAAGAUCCAUCUGGUAAGACUGAGGUUGAGGAUGGCGAGAUUGAGGAUGCGAAGAUGGCGGAGUCUGCUUCGAUUAGUCGGGCCGAUAUCACGCGGAAACGCGAAGAGGCAUUCAAAGCUGAGAGUACUCAUGACUCAACCACCAGCUCUGGAGCCAUGGAUAUAAGCGGGGAUUCGACUGCGAUUGAUCAUUCAUCGUCGGACAAACGCGGCCAGGAACCACCAUCCCGGCCUCGGCCAAGCUCUCGAGCUCCAGAUUCAGGACGCAUGGCGGAUGCUCCGAAACGCCCAGAGCCCGAGCGCAUCAAUCCACGCCAGCAAGCCCAUCGUCCGCGGCUUACCGAUGUCAGAUUGCCCGCACGUCCUGAACCCGCCGACGGUCGACAAGACAGACAUUCUGACUUCAAUCCACGUACUCGUCAUGGCCCCGAGCCGGCCCGUUCGUUCGACGGGCCAGGAGAUCUCAGAGGCCACGGACGUCCCUCAGAUCGUGAUCGCGAGUUCCCAAUGAGACCCCCACCAGACGAUCCCCGAGGCCCACCGUACCGCGACGGUCGUUUGCCGCGAGAGUCAGAAUGGCCCAUGGAUCGCCAAGGACGCAUGCGUUCGUCCGAUUCAUUCCAUGGCCCCGAACCACCUGUUCGUCCUGAGCUCAUGCCAGAUUACCCCGACCGGCCUGCCAACGGUCCCCGUCGUGGCGAGCCAGCUCGAUCAGACAAGGAUGACCGACGGCCCUAUCCACCACGCGGUCCGUCACCUCCACGAACCGACCUGCCCAACCGGCCUGAGCGAUUCCCCAAUGAUCGUCGCUCUGGAAGCUUUAACCAGCAACCUCCUCCUCCCCGCCAUGACGAUCUUCCACGAGGGCCACGCAGCGAUCGUAUUGCUGGUGAAUCAAGAGACCAGACAGCCGGUCCCGAUAUGGACCACGGUCGAUUGCAACCUCCGAAUGAUAUUCCUUCUGGACCGAGUCGUGGCAGACGAGGUGGCCGCAAUGCCUCUGGUGCACAGCCUCCUCAAACCUCCAGUAAUGCUAAAAUGCCUAUCCCCGACAACCAACCGCCGACAGGCCCUGGCCGACAAGGCGGUCGUACAGGCCAUCCUCAGACUCCUGUCACACAACCACCAUCUUCUGACCGAGGCGAGGUUGCCGGAAUUCACCCUGAUCGACUUAAUCUUUUCGCAGGGCCUCCCCAACCGGCACUCAAUUCAGCUAUGACACCCCCCUCGGGUCCUCGUAGCGGGAUCGGUGGACAAUCUGGCCCUCGCGGGUCUGGCAACGACCGCGGACGAGGCGACAAACGAUUUGCUGGCAUCAGUAGCAUGCUUGCGCAGCAGCAGCAGUCUACUGCCCCGGCUGAUAUCCCGGCUGCUACCCCACCUGCUCGUGCCCGUGGCUCGAACAGACAAUCGAAUGUAACAAACCCGUCUCCUCAGACUUCGAACCGUCCUCCCACUGGCCCAGCUGCAUCUGGGGAUGACAAUAUCUCCCGCGGCGGCGGUGGCCGAGGUGGUGACCUGAUUGAUGACGCCCCUGCGACUGAAGCUCGCCGUUCGGGACGUGAUCGUGAUCGUGAGAGUCACCGUGAAGGUCGCGAUCGUCGCGGUGAAGAUUCAACAAACAGUGGUAACAGCCGCCGUGAAGAACGCCGUGACCGUGACCGCAACCGACGCAAUGAUGCUGAUGCUGGUACUGGUACUGGUCGAGAAGAGAAGGACCGUGAGCGUGACCGUCAUACCGAAUCUCGCGAGUCCAUGCGUCGCAAUCCUAGCUCACGCGAAGAGGCCCGACGUCGAGACCGCCGUGAGCGGGAUGAUGGCCCAUCAGAGACUGGCCCUGCCCCUACAUCUAGUGCCAACGCCAACGCCAACAACGAAAAUGAGGGCCGUGUUCGUCCUUCUUCGGCAAUGGGCGCACCACCGCCACCGCCGCCUCCACCUCCCCCGCCUCCGUUACCUGUGGAUGAUAAUCAACGUCGCUGGGGCUCUGGCGGAGACCGCGGUAAUCGAUCUGAGAAUCGUGAUCGGGAACGAGAGCGCCGAGGUGACCGCGGCCGGGACCGUGACCGCCGGGAGAGUGGCACCGGUUCAAGCCAUCGCAAGCGUCGGAAUCCUGACGAGAAUGCAAAUGCGGGUGGUGCUGAUGGAGGUCAGCGUGGCCCACGCUCAGGGAAUGACAAUAAGCGUCCCCGUCGUGGACAGUGA